AUGUAUUAACGACGAUUUGAUCGUUAGGAAAAAGGUGAAUUUGUUUAUAUUAAUUUGAAAUUCUAUUAAAAAUCAGCAAGUUUACUAAACACUCAAGGGACAAGUUUGUAGAUAAAGGAUGACAUUUACAUGGUAAAUAUAAUGGAAACCGGAAGAUAAUCUCACCUGAAUUCUGUAAAAUUUUCAAACUGAAUCAACAAGUCACUUGAAACAUACAAAUGGAUUAAUCAUUAACUGAUCUGAACCUCAAACUAAUUAAAUAAUUUCAUCUAAGUCAAUCAUUAGGCCAAUUCUAUUGACCAUCUCAUCUUGAUGACCACCACUUUGCCAACCAUUAAUACUAAUUAUGGAUAAUUAAUUGAUCCGUGAUAAUUUAUGAACUUAAAGCCAAUACCAACCCAAACACUGGAUAACUAUUUAUAUCAUUAAUAAUCUGGAAAAAUUUUCAAGAGAAAAAAGUUUUAUCAAUAAAAAAAAUGUUUCGUUUCAUCAAUGAACUUACUCAUUUACUCAUUUCUUCAGGAUAUGGAAAACUAAAUUUACAAUUAUGUUCAUUGAUUCUCAACUGAUAGUUAGAGUUAAAUAAAUUUUCUGAUACAUGGAUAAACUUUUCAAUAUAAUACAAGUAAAGAUGAUACAAUUAAUUGUAGCAUAUAAAUGUUAAUGUUUCCGAUGGAACAAUUAACAAAGGAUGUGGGUUUUGUUUGAGUAAUAAAAAGGAAACGUAAUCAAUUUUAAAUUGUCUUGGUGAAAAUUAACAUAACCAGUAAUCCAAGGCUUAUUUGAUAAUUCAUCUCAAUCUAAAAUCAACCUUCAUGAGAUUCAUUAAAUUUUACAAGAGACAGAAUUUACUACUUAAAUUGUUGCCCGACUUAUUGUUUUAUCUUUUCUGAUUAAGUUGUUUUCUGUUGCUCCAUUGAAAAUUACAAUUAUGGUUACGGAAAGAUCAACUGAUCAACCUGAAAGUAAAUCAAUUGAUUGUCAGAAUAUUAAUCAUGAAAAGUGUGAACAUAUUUCCGAUCUAAUUGGUUCAUGGGGUUCACUUCAAAAGCGCCUCUUUGUACUUCUCUCAAUUGUCUAUUGUGCCUCUCCUUAUAAUAAUGUCGCCAUUUUUUUCUAUGCGACUAAAAGUGACAUUAUCUGUCUUAAUUCUGACGGAUCAGAGACUAAAUUUGCUGCUGACAAAUGUUCAUUUACUGAAUUAAAUUCAUGCUCAUCAUGGUAUCACAAUACAACUCGAGAUACAGUUAAUAAAGAGUGGAAUCUUAUUUGUGAACGUUAUUGGCUUCGAUCUGUUGUUCUUUCGGCAUAUCAAUUUGGUUACUUGAUCUCUGGUCUACUCGUCGGUUAUAUUUCCGAUAGAUUUGGACGUAAAUUGGCCAUUUUACUCUGCCUACUUUUAGAAAUCGUUUGUUCCCUUGGUCUAAUUCUGUCACCCAAUGUCACCUCUUUCAUUGUUAUUCGUGUUUUCCAUGGUAUCGGAGGGAAUGGACGUUUCUUUGCUUCGCUCAUUUUACUUCUGGAAAGUGUUGGGCCAAAAUUAAGAGGUCGUGUCUCAGUUAGCUAUGAAUGGAAUUGGUAUAUCGGUGAAUAUCUUAUGAUGGCUGUCACUUAUAACGUCAUGAAUUGGAAAUCUAUUUACAUGGGGACCAUGAUUUUCCAAAUUCUAUGCAUCGGUAUUGUAUGGAUAAUUCCUGAAUCAGCUCGUUGGCAACUUGUCGUCGGACAAACGGAUAAAGCUGAGAAAACGUUACGAUUAUACGCGAAAAAGGACAAGAUGGAACAUCUCGAGGGGACUAAUGGGGAUAUGUUAUUCAAACGAAGGUUUGAUAAAUUGAAAGAUCAUCUGGUUACUGAGAAGCGAAUAGAAAAAUAAGGGAUUUUCGACCUACUCCGUUCACCUCGAACAUUAAGGUAUUGUUUUGCUCUUUAUGCUAUUUGGUUUCUUCGAACACUCAUCGAUUGGGGCUUAUUCUACAGUACCCUUGACUUUUCGGGCAAUGUCUUCGUCAACAACGCCAUCAUAUUAUCAGCAAGUGUCGCAACUAAUGCUUUCAUGAACUGGAAGAUUGAUUCAUUCAAACGAAAAUCAAUGUUAAUCACCAUGUUCUUAGCAACUUCGGUUCUUCUUUGUGCCUCGAUUCCAGUAGUCGAAUCUGAUAGAUACAUCGUUAUUCGGAUGAUUCUGAUUGCGCUUGGUAAAUUUUUCUCUUCUGGUAUCUACAUUUUACUCUACGUUUACACAUCAGAACUUUUUCCAACCAGCAUUCGACAUUUCGGUCUAGGAACUUGCUCAUUUGCAUCACGAAUCGCUUCAGUUUCAGCGCCUUUUUUAGCACAAUUGACUACAGUUACGAGUCUUAAAUUUACAUUUGGACUUUUCGUCUUAAUGGGAAUAAUCGGAGCUUCGGCAGCGUACUUUUUACCAGAGACGAAAGAUAAAGAGAUUCCAGAUACAAUUGAAGGAAUGAUUGAGAUGCACUCAAUCAAUGACCAAUCUUGAUUAUGAGAACAAUCAAGAUAAAUUCUCAGUCUAAUGUGGGCCAUCAAAUUUUGUAAAAUUUUAACGAUUAAUUUUUAAUUUGGACUAA